UAUCCGCUAAUGACGCGGCACACAUUUACUCACAAGUACCAGCUGCCGUCAACCAGCAUAUCAAAGUUCCGUGUGGUGGAGCUCCGUGUUUGGGACAGUUUUUAUUCACCUCUGCUGAACUCUGGGGACAGAGAGAGACAAGCUGAUCGGCAUGGCCUCCUCUGAUGACACAGAAGGGUCUCUGACACCUGUGGAUUUCAUCCAGCUGCAGCAGUAUAUGGAAUACAGCAGUUUGAGGGUGAAAGAUGUGAUCAAGGACUUUCACCCUGGAGGUCGGCUGGCCCAGCACAGCUUUGGAGAGUGUAUGGAUGCAGUGGGUUUCUGUCUCUUUCUCAAGACGUAUCUAGAGGUGGAUGACUUUCCCACAGAUUUCUGCCAACGCCUUUUUCGCUAUUUUCAACACGUAGAGCAGGAAGGGAACACGAAGAGUCCGUUACCUAAAGGAGGAGGGGUCUUUCUUCGUGAUGUGUCCUGCUACUUCUCAGUGCUGGAGGAAGGACAGCCACGAGAGAAGCUUGAAUUUACUUUUAAACUUUACGACAAAGACAACAACGGACUCCUGGACAGCUCUGAAGUGGAUCGUAUAAUCACCCAGAUGAUGCGGGCUGGUGAUUACCUGGGCUGGGAUGUGACUGAGCUCAGACCAGUGCUCAAAGACAUGAUGACAGCCAUCGAUCUGGACGACAGUGGGACCGUCACGCUGGAAGAAUGGGUGAAGGGAGGCAUGAACAAUGUACCUUUACUUGUUCUCCUUGGACUGAAGAUGACAGAGCGGGAUGGGCAACAUAUUUGGAGGAUGAAGCACUUUAACAAGCCGACCUACUGUAGUGUGUGUCAGGGCAUGCUGCUCGGCCUCGGGAAGCAAGGACUCUGCUGCACCUGUUGCAAGUACACCGUCCACAGUCAGUGUGCCAACAAGAAUCCCGAAGCCUGUGCUCGUACCUUUGUCAAAUCUAAAAAGGAGAUUAGUGUAGCAGCUCACGACUGGAUCAGAGCUGACUGUAACUCUACCAAGUGUCAGGUCUGCCACAAGAAGAUCAAAACUUUAGUAGGGAGGCGUUGUGUGUGGUGCCAGGAGAUGCGUCACGAUGAGUGUCUUUUCUCGGGCUUAUCGACCUGUGAUUGUGGACCACUGAGAGAUCAUAUACUGCCUCCUUGGGCCAUAUACGCCGUCUCAAAGGAGGAGGAUACCAACCUGUUAAAUGUUACCCCUGACGGCCACAUCCUGCAGAUUGUUCCGAUUCCUGACACCCAUCCUCUGUUGGUGUUUGUAAACCCAAAAAGUGGAGGAAAGCAGGGUGAAAGAGUGCUCAGGAAGUUUCAGUACCUGCUGAACCCACGUCAAGUCUACAACCUUUCCAACGGAGGUCCUGCACCAGGACUGCAGUUCUUCCACAAUCUGCGUGAAUACAGGAUCUUGGUGUGUGGAGGAGACGGGACAGUUGGGUGGCUCCUGGAUGCUAUAGACAAAGCGGACCUCCAGGUGAAUCCUCCAGUAGCUGUCCUGCCUCUUGGUACUGGGAACGACCUGGCACGCUGUCUGCGCUGGGGAGGAGGCUAUGAGGGGUCAGACUUGAGAGAGAUCCUGAAGGAGAUUGAGGCCAGCGAGAUGGUUCCCAUGGACCGCUGGAGCGUCCAGGUGAUACCAGAAGACCCCCAAGAGGCAGGAGACCCCGUACCCUAUGAGAUCAUCAACAACUACUUCUCUAUUGGAGUGGACGCCUCUAUUGCUCAUCGUUUCCACUCCAUGAGAGAGAAACACCCCCAGAGGUUCAAUAGCAGAAUGAAGAACAAACUUUGGUAUUUUGAGUUUGCCACUUCUGAGACCAUCUCUGCCUCUUGUAAGAAGCUGAAGGACUGUCUCGUGAUUGAGUGCUGUGGGAGACAACUGGACCUGAGCAGCAUGUCCCUGGAGGGCAUAGCUAUCCUCAACAUACCCAGCAUGCACGGGGGCUCCAACCUCUGGGGCGAGUCCAAGAAGCCUGAUGGUGUGCCAGAGGUGGAGCACAGUGAGGUUAUCAAUGACCCCGAACUUCUUAAAACUAUCUCACAGGACAUAAGCGAUAAGCGUUUGGAGGUGGUGGGGCUGGAGGGAGCUAUAGAGAUGGGACAAAUCUACACUGGGCUGAAGAGCGCCGGGCACAGACUGGCACAGACCUCUCAAAUUACCAUCAGGACAACCAAAGCCCUGCCCAUGCAGAUCGACGGGGAGCCUUGGAUGCAACCUCCUUGUACUAUCCAAAUCAAUCACAAGAACCAGGCUAACAUGCUCAUGGCUGCACCAACCAAACCAUCCAGCUUCUUUCACCUCAAGUAGAGCAGCGCUUCCACUCCAUCCUCCAGUCUGCACACGGCCACAGCGGACCACCUAUAUUACUAUGAAAAUGAGUGUGUAACUGUGUGCUUUUAUUAUUAAGUGUUGAUGUGUGUGUCUUUUGCACGUAAUCCCUGAUAUGACUGAACUAUUUCAGAGGACAGACAAAUUGGACUUAUGCAGCGAUCACACUGACAGACCAACGUAGACGUGCAAAUCUCACUACUCAGUCUGAUCACUGCUAUUGUGUGCCAACUUAAAUGUAAUGCACCCAUUUGUUGUGUUUGUAAAUAAAAGAGCUAAGUGUGUCUACAGUACAUGAAUAGGCAAUAUAUAUAUAUAUAUAUAUAUAUAUAUAUAUAUAUUUUAUGUUGCAAUCGCUUUUUCUAUGGCUAAUCAAAUUUACAGUAGUGUGUCAUUGAAUUUCACCUGUUGUUCCCAAUGCAGCUAGUGAUGACCUGGCUUUGUUUGGACCUGCAUGAGCUCACAGCAGCAUAACUUGUUCAACAACACUAUCCUACCUGUCUGCUCAGAUACCUCUCAGUGUCAGUGUUCAUCCAACUGAAAGAGAAAUAUACAAUGUAUUUAAUUCUGGUUUUACUGUCUCUUAAAUAGGUGAGAUAAUGAUUAAUGAUAAUGCAAGAAACAUUUGAUGAAUGCGGUCUUAUAAAGUUCUGCUCUUCAGUUAUAACUGAGUUCUGAAAGUGUUGGUUUGGUACACCUCUCCUAGAUUUACCAAGUCGUGUAUAGAAAACUUCCUCAGUGUUGUUGUCCUGUAACUUCGACGACAUGUUACGUCUUUGGGAUCAGGCUUUUUAAAAACCGUCAAAAAACACACAGAAACUGUGACUAAUCUAACGAAACAUUGCUGAUUACAAGUAAUGAAACUGAGCAAAAAUGUGUUGGAAGUUAAUCAAAUUAAUCUAUUUCGUGAGUCAGUCUUGUGUUGGAUAUUCGGUGUACUUGUAACAUGUAACAUGCUUGUAUGUUCAUUUAUUGUCUUAAUGUCAAAUUGUGUAGCUGUCAUUGGCAUAUGUGUCUUGAUGGUAGUGAUGUCAGUGAUCAGUCAUGCAGCAUUACGUUGACAACAUAUAUUGGAUUGCCCUCAGACUGAUUAUCUGGUGAAUAGACAGUUAAAGAAAUAAUUACAGUCUGUUGCCCCACCACAAGUUUGAAUUUACAAAGGGAUUUACUUUACACCGGUACCAUUAGAUGCUACAGUACUUAUUAUGAGGAUACCUAGUUUUCAUCAAAAUCUUUAAAAGGACAAAUGGCGGCAUAUUCAAAAGUUUACUAAAUUACAGAUGUAUCUUUGUAACAUACUCCUCUGCUAACAGCAAAACAGAAAAAGAGGCUAUUUGCAUGUAAAAAAAAAAAAAAUGUGUUGCUUAUCUGUCAUAAAUAUAGUUGUCAACAAUG